UUUCAAAAGCAUUAUGAAUUCAAUUCUUCAUAGAUUUUUUCUUGUAAUUAUAGUUAUUUCUUUCUGUGAUGCAGACACCUGCAUUGAUAAAUUCUGUCCACCUGGGACUUUUUGUGAUGAAAGGCCAGGUCCAUGUGUGAAGCCUCCAUGUAGAACAAUUUUGGCCUGUUUGCCAGUUGAAGCAAAUGGUUGUGCACGAAUGGAAUGCAGUGCUCCAAAAGUGUGUGUUGAGCGAGUUCGUCCCUGCAUUGGUAGAUCAUGCAAGGAAAUUGCAACCUGCGAAACUCCAAAUACAUGUGCCGCAGUCGUGUGUCCACCAUCACAAAAAUGCGAACUGGAGAAUGGAAAACCAUCUUGCAAGAAGUUUAUCCCACCGACACGAGGAAUAAUUGGGAAAGCAGUUCUUGAUGAGAAGCAAUUUCAAGAAAAUUGAUAUAUAUCAAUGAUAUGAUACUCUUUUAUAAAAAUAAAAUCCUUAGCUAUGCUA